GCAUUAAUAGAAUUAUUCAAGGCGAUAAUCUAGCUUUAGUCAGAGCGCACUCAGAGUGCCGAACCACGUAGGUUGGUUCCUUGACCCGGCACCAGCUAUUAAGCAGUUAAUAGCUGGUUUAAUAAGCUGUGCAAUUCGCACCCUGGUCCAGUUCCCUAGACUGGAUCUAAAGGUUGUCGCAGUUGUAAAGACAAAUUGGUGAUGUAUUAUAUAUGUCUAAUGCAAUAAAUUUUGAUCUAAUCUAAUAAUAAUUUCGCCAAAUCCCUCAAAAAUCUGAAAAUAAUGCUAUUAAUUCAAUUCAUUUAUUCUCUUGCAACGUUCUUAAACGUUUUGCUCAAAGCCGAAAAAUUAGCAUCUUUCGAAGAACAUGUCAACAGCCUAAACAAAAAACCACACAUCAUCGCGCUCAACGAGCACUGGUGGUGUCGGGGCGAUUACUUCAGCAUAAAAGGCUACAGAACAAUUUCAUUUUUUGGCAGAAAAGUGAAAAAAGAUAAAAACAACGUUGACGGUGUUAACUGUCUACCGACCACCCAAUCACGGCACCAUGGAGUCCUCCUUCGAUAACCUGGAAAGCCUUGUGGAGUAAAAUUUGGCACCCGACAAGGAAAUGAAUAAUGAUUGUUUAGGGGAUCUAAACAUUAAACUGCUACAGGACUCCGCCGACAGCUGGCCGGAAACUAAGCAGCAUAAUGAAUGGCUACGAGAUGCACCUCAUCAACAAAAGUGCCCCAACACGAGAGACUGCAUAUUUCACCAUGGAUUGUAUUGUCUUUUCAUUCACCUCAGAGGCAGUUUUAUCUUUCACUAGCAUUGUAGAGUCAUCAGCAAAAAUAACUAAUAUUGCAAUAAUAUUAAGCAAGGGCAGGUCAAUCGAAUAACUCUUUUGAGCAAUGAAAACCUUUCUGGCUGGAAGUAAAUUAAAAAUCUUGGUCGGCUCUGCGUACAGAAAGCCAAACGCGGCCGCUGCGUACAAUGACGAGCUAAUAAAUUCACUCGAACGAGUUGCUGAAGUAAAGCGAUUUUAAUCUGGACGUUAAUUGGACGCAUGACCCGCCAGUCUCCGGACUCGCACCCGCAGCCGAGUUUUUGGAUAUUUUUGACGACCUCUCAUUGACACAAUAUAUUAAAGACGCAACCCGCACAACAGACUCUACGUCCAAAAUUCUUGACCUCGCCCUUUGUGACGCUGAGGGGUUAAUUUCAAGGGCGGAAGUCACCAUUGUGUCAGUGAACAUGAUGCAAUUGUGCUUGAGUUAACUGUUCGUCGAGAAAAGCCCCGACGCGCCCGCCGAGAAUAUUUUGACUUUAAAAAAGUGGAAUCUGGAAUUUAAUUACUGUUCAGUGAGUUAAGCUUGGGAGAGGUGGCAGCAAAUGUUUUUUGUUACCCUCGCCGAAAUCGUUCCAAAGAAAAUUGUCCGCCCGAAGAAACGAAAACCUGCCAGCGCGGCGGCCCCAAUUGUUGAGUGAUUUUUCUGUUAGCGCAGCGUGUGUGCUCCCAUGCAUCUGCGGCAAAUAAAAACAAAUGCAGCGACCGGCCCCGACAACGUGCCCGCGAUUGUGCUAACUAAAUGUGCCGCCUCUCUCGCCCCCAGCCUCGUUCUAAUUUUCAAUCUUUCCCUUUUCGGCAGGGUGCACUUCCUCAAGGGUGGAAAACGGCCGCAGUCACUCCUAUUUUCAAGAGUGGGAAAAAUUGCUGCCUUGAUAAUUAUCGCCCCAUAAAUGUAACUUCAUUAGUCGGAAAAAUAUUAGAAAGGUGCGUGCGAGACAGGGUUGAAAAUUUUAUAAACAAGAGCAAAAUUAUUCCCGACUGCCAGCAUGGGUUUAGACAAAAAAGGUCGUGCACCACACUACUGUGCAAGACCUGCUUUGACAGUUGGGCCAGCAGGCUGGACGAAAGAAGCGGGACGCACGUCCACGCCAUCUUCUUGAACUGGGCCAAAGCCUUCGACCGCGUCUGCUGUCCAAACUCGCCCACUAUGGCGUCGGCGGCAACCUCCUAAAUUAGCUGAAAAGUUUUUUGACCGACCGCAGCCAGUUCGUCGUCUAUGGAGGAGCAAAAUCAGAACCUGAAAGUGUCCUGUCCGGAGUCAUCCAGGGCAGCGUCCUGGGGCCGCUGCUGUUCAACAUCUACGUCGCCGACCUGCCCGCUUGCAUUGACUCCGAAUUGGUUCAGUACGCGGACGACGCCACCCUCUGGCGCAAAAUUCUGAAACCCUCGGACGUCGCCCUGCUGCAGGCCGACCUGGACAGCGUGGUGCGACAACAACGGCAUGUCCCUGAACCCGGCCAAGUGCCACGUGAUGGACGUGCCGCGUGCCCGGACACGUCGGCACGACGUCUACAAAAUCGGCGCCUCCACCCUCGAGUACGUCACCGACGAGCGCCUCCUCGGCGUUUAAGUGUCCAAAGACGUGCGGUGGAGCAAACACACGGACAUCGCGCGCGGCAAAGCAGCAAAGGUGCUCUCGUUCGCGGCGCGCAAUCUGCACGGCUGCACGCCGCGCGUGAAAAAGUUAGCCUACCAGACGAUGCUGAAACCUCUCCUGUUCUACGGCACCCCCGCGUGGCACCCCUCCAUUGAUAUUAACAUCAACAAAUUCGAGUGAGCGCAAAAAAGAGCCCUCAGGUUUAUGUACAGGCGGCACAUCCCUGACACGGCCGAACACGGUUUGCUGUCGGUGCAGCAGCAGCUUAAGUUUAAUGACUUGGUUUUUCAAGAAUUGCACCAGUGGCGAGACUGACAUCAACUGACAUGGACGCAAAGGCGAGAAUCACCACCGUCCGAGUGAUGAGAAAUAGUGGCGGCGAGCACCGCUUAAUUCUCCCAAAAGUGCGCACAGAGCUCGGUCGACAAAGUUUUUCUUUCCGAAUCGCGGAUCAGUGGAAUUCCCUGCCUUCUGCGUUAAAAAAUUGUACAGCUCCUGAGUUUAAAAUUGCAUGUUAAAUAUAUGUAACCCUUUGAUAAAUUUUUCCCGUUUACGGCUCCAGUUCGGCGAGUAGGUUUAACUUGGAACUUGGAAACACUUUUGCUUCCAAAUUGAGCCUACGAGUUAUAGUAAGUUGUUUACUAGAGCUGGCAGCCAAUUCCCUCCCAAUGUGAUUUUUCUAUUUCCGUUUGACUUGUUGCAAGAGAAUAAAUGAAUUGAAUUAAAUUGUAAAGGAAAAUUGGAGAUGUACUAUAUAUGUCUAAUGCAAUAAAUUUUGAUCUAAUCUAAUCUAAUUUAAAUACACAGCAGAUACUCAUGGAUAUCAUAAAAUAAUUUGUCGUAAAACAACUUCUUCGCUUCACUAAUAAAAAUAUAUGUAUCGUUAAUUGGCUUCAGUCUUUCCAGAAGCUUGUUAAAGAUUUUUGAAAUCAUAAUUUCUGGGCUCUGUGUUGUUAAAUUUAGCCAUACAGGUUUUAUAUAUAGAUCCUCCAUAGAAACAGGAUUAUUCCUUGUGUUAUGAUUUUCAUAUAUGCCGUUUUCAGAAUUUUUAAUAAAAAGUGCAGGAUUUUUUUUCACAAAUUUAACACAUUCUAACGCAUAGAGUGAGAACACUGGCAAGAUUUUAAACCUCGCAUACAAGGGGCGGCAGGGCCUUACUGGGGUCAAAGACUUCCAGUAGCGCCAGCCAGCCAUAGCUCUGAAUACUCUCUUUUGAGCUACAAAAUCCUCAUUAUCAAAGGCGGGUGAACUUGAUGUAAGAUGUUCAAUUUAUAUGAAUGGAGAAGAAAUAAGUAAAUAAUAAUAAUUGUUAUUUAAGUGGAUCAUAAUAAAUUUGGCAAUUUGGUAAUCUCUUUCUGAAAUUCAAAGUCCCCCUGGGUAUGCUGUUUUUGUAAUAAAAGAGAUUGUUCCAUAUUAUUCACCCUGAAAAUUUAGUUUGAUUCCGAAAAGAAUUUAUUUAAUUCCUGGGAUUUGGAACAGAUUUAAAGCGUCAAAAUGUGUUUCGUCACACUGUAAUUCAAGGUAGUAUUUCAUCAAAACAACAGUAUCACACAACAUGGAAUACCUUAGAUAAUGCAUUAAAUAAUUCAAUUGGAAAGUCUUACAGCUGGCUGGAUCUUCAUGGCGAUUUCCUGGAUCAGUAGCUUUUCUUCUUCAUCAACUUCAUGAAAAGGACCAUACUAAUGAAAACAGAAAUGACGACAAUGAUCAUAAGCCAGAGCCAACAUUUGCAUGCUCUUUUGCUGUGCUCUUGCAGUUUUUCAGACUCAACCUUGAGGCGAGCUGCAUUCAGUUCAGACAGAUUUUGUGAUUGUUCCGUUACCUGAAAUAAACAUUUAUUGUGUACUCUAAAGUAUGCCUUUAACUUUAAAAAUACUUUAAUGUCUUUCUUGAUGAUUGAAUUGGCAAGAAUUGUUUGUUCCUUCAGGUUUUUUGUCAUGGAAAGCAUGUCUUCAGCAAUUUUCUCCUGCAUCGAGUGAUGGUAUUUGAGAAGAGCAUCGACAUCAUCACCAGUGGACGACUUCCUAGAUGACCUUUGUCUUAAUCCAUUGCCUGAUAUUAUGAAGGAUCUGCUCCUUGAGUUCAGUCGUGUAUUUAACCUUCGUCUUCUGCUGAAUCUCUGUUGUAAUAUCAGCCCCAUUCAGACUAGAGGUAUGGGAAACCAUUUGAGCAGCUGCCAAUUUUUCAGUCCCGUUUUUAGGAGUCACCUGCAAAUUGAUUGAACAACGAAUAUUGAAAGGAUACUAAAUGCUCAGGAUACUGAAAUAAAUCGCCUCGCAAUAAGUCAUAUCAGGAUCAUCGAGAUAUGCCCUGAGUCCUGAGUGUAAAAGUUAAGGGAAACCUCCUUGGAAAACACCCUCAGUGCAUCGCAGUGGAGAAGCAGCUUCAUCUCAAACGCUCACCCUCCUCCAAUUGCCCUCCUCACUCUCACUAGUGCUGGGGAUGGGAUGGUGGAUGGUUGGUCUCGACCAGUCUUGAGCACGGUCUCAAUGGGUCUCACGUCCGACAUAAUUAAGAGGGACCGGCGGAAAGCUGCUCGUUUCAUAUAUGUAGAUUCCGAAAAUAUGCCCAGGUUUUUGCGAUUUGGUGACCACAGACCUCAGAAAAACGUCAGGAAGCAUGGAACAUCGCGUUUCAACACCUCCAAAAUGUGUUGUUUUUGUGCCUGCGAAUCCCAUUGUUGUGUCUUAAUAAGAAAACUGAUGGAAACGGCAACACAGAGAAAGGCAAUAAAAAUUGCAAUUGUUUUUCAAGUACAUAUUCUCAAACAGACAAUCGUUUGAAUUCGAACUUCUACCAGGAAAAUCUUCAUUUUCAGAAUUCACAGGACUAAAUAAUGCUCACGUCAGCUAUGAAAAACGCAAACCGGCUUCUUGCUGUUUGCAAUAUGCUCCAGCUCCGAAGCGCUAGCAAUCUACCUUUGAGGGCCAAAUUUUUCCAUCAGAUUGCCAAGGCUCCCAAUAGAGGGUCUUCAGUGUUAAGAACCAUUGAUGGAGCUGCUUUGAAAGACACUCCAAUUUAUACCGCACAAUCAAGCCCAAUAAGCAAAGUGACCUGGGUGAUGCAGGGCCUACCAUUUAUUAGUGUCUUCUUUGAAGAUAAUAAAGAUCCCCAACGAAAGCAGGACAGUAAGAGCAUAGAAAAUGCUUUGCCGAUGAUGCACGUUCUCCCGGUGGAAGAGUCAAAGAAAUCUGUCGUUGAGGAACUUCUUGAAAUGCACCCCGUUGAGCGUUAUGAAACUGCCAACAAGCUGCUGACUGAGCUCACCAUUAAUCUUGAUCGUAGCGUCUUGGCCGCUGUAUCUCUAAACAGCUUGGCGGCCAGGUUAGUUCAAGCAUUUGACGAGGAGAUGGUUAUAUUUGCACAUGAGCUGAGCAACUGCACCAGCCACGACUCUGUCAGCGACGAUAUGGUUCUGCGACUUUUGGAAUUUGAUAGAGAUCUUCAGUUGACUUUGAUCAAAGCACAGAAAAAUACUUUGGAAGCCAAAAAUCAAAUGAAUGCUCUGGGAAGAAUUCUCGGAGAACUGUGUUGCUCCAUAAUCCCGUUGUCGAAGGAAGCGAUCGAGAAAGCAAAAAACGGACUUAAAGAGGCGCAUAGAGAGCUCAAGGAGGUCGAAGACUUUUUGAGCCAUUCUGUAAACAGCUCUGGUCCUCCAGACGCCCUACUUAGCCAAGUCAUCAGACUGACUGCUGAUAUGGAGGAGGAUAUGAGUUUUUCAUUGGCUGGCCUAUGCAGCAUGGAGACACAAGAGCUUUACAACCGGUCACUUGCUCUGCAAUUGGAGCAGUUCCGUGCCAAGACUGAAAAACAAAUAGCUGAUGAUUUGAACAAACGGUUUAUCAAGCUCAAAAAGUUUUUUGGCAAGGAAGGCGAGAGGCAAAGGCUUGGCGCUCUCUUAGACUGCAAAGAAGAGGAUCUGAGAAAGAGUCUGGAUGAAAAAAAUUAUUUCCAGAGGACGCAGCUGACAAAAAAACUAGAGCAGAAGGUGCUUGAGGAAAGACAAGAUUGCAUUCAGAAAGCAACCAAAAAUCAUGAGGCCAGCUUGCGAGCUAAGAAGUUUACCUUUGACCGCGAGUUAAAAGAGAAGGCUGACAAUAUGAACAAUGGUGUCGAAAAUUGGAAGCUUCAUAUGGUUGGGGAGCUUGCUGAACUUGGGCCUAGCAUCAAACGACAUGGGCUGAAUAUUAAGAAAUUUGGUGAUGUCUUUGGUUUUGCAAACACAUGCUUCAAACUGCAGUUAGCGCUGACCACUGACCCAUUCCCGCAGCUUAGCUGGAAGCACCAGCUGCAGCCCAUCAAGCACUACAUCAUCCAGAUCCUUGGGAAUGAUGCUGUCCAAAAGGAAUUUGUUCAGAAAGUGGUCAAUAGCAUUCCAGCUCCAGUGUUCAACAGAGGCGUUUACACUGAAAACGCCUUGAAGCAGCGUUUCACCGAGCUGGAGCCCAUUGCAAGAAAAGUGUUGUUGCUCAAGCAGAAGGACAACUCAUUGGUCCCCUACAUUGCGUCAUACUUGCGCUCUGCCCUUUUAGUCCGUCCUGCUGGCUGCAUCUCCCACACUGAGAAGGUCAACCAGCCCCGAAAUCUCAGUUCACUGACCAAUGAGCAGCUAUUGGACAGGGCCAAGUACUUCAUGGAGCUAGGAGACUUGCGCCAGGCAGUAUUGUACGUUAACAUGCUGCAUGGAGUGGCGCAAUGUGUGACAAGUGGAUGGGCUGAGGAGGUGGUGUUGCACUUAACAGUCUCUCAGGCUGCGGAAACCCUCUCUGGAAUUGCUACCAUGCUUGCAAACCAAUACAAAGCAAGCUACAGGAGCAACACUCAGACAAACUAAAUGCGAAUAAAGCUGCAAGAUAAAGUUUUUAUGCUCAUUAAUAUAAAUUUAUUAAUAGCCUAUUCAGUAUGCCAUCUUAAAUCACCUCAAGCGCACUUGAAUAAACCUCAAUUUGUUGUUAAUAUUAUAAUACCUAUAUUUUAGGACCAUCUCUCCGCUGUGUUAAUACAAAUGCUGUGAUUUUGUGAGACAAAAUUAAUUUCCUUUUAACGUGACACUUUUGUAAGUCUCAUUAAUAACCGCAACAAUUAAUCUUCAUGAAAUUGAAUAAAUUUGAAUUACAAAAAUUUUCGAGGAAAUUAGCUAUGGCACAAUCCCCCUGAAUUGUGGGUGGUACAUAGCCACAAGUAUAAAGAUUCCACUUCUUAAAUUGCAGUAUUAAAGCUUUCAGCUCUGGCCGUGCACUUCUUUCCGAUCAACCAAGGGUAAACAUAAU